UUCACGAAGCAAAUAUAUCGAGGCGACGGCGUCGUUUGCACUUUGCGAGCGGCAAAGUUUUUAGUUCCCGUGCGAAUGUUUGGACAGAAUUAAUCCUCGAGUAAUAUGAAGAAGGCCAAGCCGCUGCUGCACGACCAUUUGAUAACGAUCCGAGUGAAGAAGUACCUCGAGGAGCACAUCGGCGAGACCUACCUGGAUGUGAAGCAGAUGACCAGGGAGUUGAUGCAAAAGUACCCGGAGUACUCACGACGCAAAUUUGGACCCUUUAGGCAGUUGGUGCACCAAGCAUUUUCCAUCAUCUCGGAUAGCUACAACUUGGACAAGGUAAGCAGCUCCGAAGACGACUGCAUCAGCGAGGAAUUCGAGGCACCACCCACCAAUAGUGUGAUGAACAAUAUGAUGAACAGUCUGUACAGCCAGUCUGUGCCAAGGAAGUCAUUGGCCGCCAAGCCCAUCAGCGAACCCAUCGAUAUAUCCAGUGGGGACGACAACGACGAUGACUCCAAUACCAACACCACCAACGGAGACGGACCUACCGCUCCUCAUCCUCCAGCUGUUCAGCCCAACGCCUUGAAACGCCUGAUGGAAGAUGUGCCGGAGACAACAGCAGCUCCUAAGAAAUCAGCUAAACCGAAUACCCAUCAAGGCGCUGGCCCGGAGUCGGCACACAAAUUUCCAACAGGUAUGGGUCCUAGGGGUAAAAAUCACUCUGAGGACGCCGGUCAACGCAAGGAGCAUCGCAAUGCGUCCAGUUUGUAUCAGCAGCUGCAUCAAAACCAAAACCGGGACCGCCCACGGAAGUACAAGAAGGAGCUGGAGGUGCAGCACACCACAGAGAGUUUCCGGGACAUCGGCGGAAUGGAUAGCACCCUGAAGGAGCUGUGCGAGAUGCUGAUCCAUAUUAAAUCGCCGGAGUUCUAUUUUCAAUUGGGACUGCUGCCCUCGAGAGGUCUUUUGCUGCACGGUCCGCCAGGUUGUGGCAAAACCUUUCUAGCCCGUGCCAUAAGUGGGCAACUGAAAAUGCCGCUGCUGGAAGUGCCAGCCACGGAGCUGAUUGGUGGCAUCUCUGGCGAGUCGGAGGAGCGCAUCCGUGAAGUCUUUGAACAGGCAAUGGGCUAUUCGCCUUGCGUGCUCUUUAUCGACGAAAUCGACGCCAUCGGCGGCAACCGACAGUGGGCGUCCAAGGACAUGGAGCGGCGUAUUGUGUCGCAGCUUAUAAGCAGUUUGGACAACCUAAAGGCCAACGAGUUUGGUCAGUCUGUAGUGGUCAUUGCGGCCACCACACGUCCCGAUGUCCUGGAUCCCGGUCUACGGCGUAUUGGUCGCUUUGAUCACGAAAUUGCCAUACACAUACCGUCGCGCAAGGAGCGUCGUGAGAUCCUGCGCAUCCAGUGCGAGGGCUUGUCCAUCGAUCCGAAGCUUAAUUAUGAUAAGAUUGCCGAACUAACUCCAGGUUAUGUGGGCGCUGAUCUGAUGGCUUUAGUUAGCCGUGCAGCUUCAGUAGCCGUAAAGCGUAGGUCCAUGAAGAAGUUCCGCGAACUGCACGCUGCCAGCGAGAAGAAUAUGACCACGGUAACUCUAGAUGACGAUGAGCCCAUCGAGGAGUCUGGUGACAAAGCUAAACAAGAAACAGAGGCUGAGCCAAAAGGUGAAAAAGAAGCUGAAAAGGAGGCUGAGACCGAAGAAAAGGCGGAUGGUGACAAGGAGGCGACCGAUAAGGAAAAGUCCGAGGGCGACACAGCCAAAACAGAAUCCCCCAAGAAAGCGACCAAUGGCAAGUCACCUGAGAAACCAACGGACGCCGCCAUGGAGGUGGACGAAGAGGCUGCCGAAGAGCCGGAAAAAUCCGCAGAGCAGCAAGCAAACUCCUCCAACGACGAAUACUACGAGCCCACGCUGGCCGAGCUGACCAACUUUCUGGACAAUCCUCCAGAGGAGUUCGCUGAUCCAAAUUUCUGCCUAACUCUCGUCGAUUUCGUGGACGCCAUCAAGGUAAUGCAACCUUCGGCCAAGCGCGAGGGCUUUGUCACUGUGCCGGACACCACUUGGGAUGAUAUUGGAGCCCUUGAAAAAAUUCGCGAAGAGCUUAAGUUGGCUGUAUUAGCGCCAGUUAAGUAUCCAGAGAUGCUUGAACGCCUUGGGUUGACUGCUCCUUCGGGUGUUCUGCUUUGCGGUCCGCCAGGUUGCGGCAAAACUCUUUUGGCCAAGGCUAUUGCCAAUGAAGCUGGCAUCAAUUUUAUAUCGGUUAAGGGACCCGAGCUUAUGAACAUGUAUGUUGGCGAAAGCGAGCGCGCUGUGCGUGCCUGUUUCCAGCGUGCCCGCAACUCUGCACCCUGCGUCAUCUUUUUUGAUGAGUUCGACUCCUUGUGUCCCAAACGAUCGGACGGUGGCGAUGGCAACAAUUCCGGAACCCGCAUAGUCAACCAGCUGCUGACCGAAAUGGACGGCGUGGAGGAGCGUAAGGGCGUUUAUAUCUUGGCGGCCACCAACAGACCGGAUAUCAUUGAUCCGGCUAUCCUGCGACCUGGUCGUUUGGACACCAUUCUGUAUGUGGGUUUGCCCGAGCAGAGCGAACGUGCAGAGAUUCUAAAGGCCACCACAAAGAACGGAAAGCGUCCUGUGCUGGCGGAGGAUGUAAAUCUCGACGAGAUUGCCGCACAAACUGAGGGCUACACUGGCGCAGAUUUGGCAGGACUUGUUAAGCAGGCCUCUAUGUUCUCCCUGCGCCAAUCUCUAAACGAUGGCGACCCAAAACUCGAUGAUCUGUGCGUACGCAGCCAGCACUUCAAAGAGGCUCUGCAGCAGUUGCGCCCCUCAGUUAACGAGCAGGAUCGCAAAAUAUAUGAUAAACUGCGCUUAAAAUACGCUGCACCUAGGGUACCCACCUUUGAUGACAAGUAACGCUUUCAACAAUAAUGGAUUUGUUGGAUUAGUCGAUAAGAACACUCGUGAAUCAAAUAGAAUAUGAAUUUCGAGGAUAAACGUAUGAUUUUCAAUACAAAAACCGUAAUGUUACCCAAAAACCAAAUAUUUUUUGAAAUU